UUGAUGACGUUUCCCAAAACAGAGUGUUGCGUUUGCGCUGCAGCAGAAAAACACCUAAAAUUUGCUAGCAUUGGCUCGUAAGCGCGAGGACAAAAACCGUAACGAUCCGGAAUCGGUGAAUCCAACUAACGUCAGCUAUGGCCCACGUCUAGCCGGAAGUGAAGUACACAUUAGUGAAUUUGUUGAAAAAGUAACCAAGACGAGUUUCGUAACACAAUCAUGUUAACCAGUAAUCUACCGGCGGUGGUUAUCUUGUGGAUAGCUCAUCAGCUUGUCACUAUCGCGGAACAAGUUCUAGCCUUUGUUCGUUGGAUUCGGCGGAAUGCAAGGAGCUGGUCAAAUCACAGAGUGCAAACGAGACUGAGUGGACGGAAGCAAUCGCAUUUAGAGAAUGACAUGAUAGAGCUUGCGGUGCGUAAGCUGGACAAGAUUCCGUCGCACAUAGCAAUAAUGUUAGGUCCCGAGGUGCCAAACUAUCAUCAGCUGGCACAGUUCAUCUUCUGGAGUCUCGCGGCUGGUGUAGGCUAUGUUAGCUUCUACGAUCAUAGAGGGACUCUUAAAACUAAUUACCACCGGAUGCUGGACUAUGUGCGCCGACAAUCGCGCGACGACGGUGACCAAAUCCUAUGGACACCGGAGUUAAAACCUACCGAUCGGCUUCUUCCGGCACGAAAUGGCUUUCGGCGACGAGCUGUGAUCAGUUUCUUCGGUCCGGAGGAUGGUAAAAGACAGCUUCUGGCCGCAACCCGUACAAUUACCAGCGGCCUCCGGGAUGGAUCCAUCACGGCCGCUAGUGACGUAACGGUUGAGCUAGUCGAUCGAACCCUGCAGGAUUCGACCUUUCACAUACCGGAUCCGGAGCUAGCAGUGUAUUUCGGUUCAAUUUGUUGCACCUACGGUAUGCUACCGUGGCAGAUUCGACUGACGGAAUUUGUACCGCUGGAAGCACCUAGCCUGGCGGAGGUUGGUCCCGCUCACUUUCUCAACUGUCUGUUUCAGUAUGCGAAAUGUGAGCAGCGAUUCGGGAAAUGAUCGGUUUAGCGAAAAAUUAGGGUCUUUCUUUACCAAACGUGUAUGUAUGUGUAUGUACAUAUUAAUUUCUUAUGCUGAUUCGAAGGCAUAUUGUGCUGUAUAGUAAAGCUACCGAUUAGGGAUUCGAAGACAUAGUCAGUAAGCCAGGGUAAGUCAGUACACUCCUUAGGAUUUAAAAUUGGAAAUCCUCAUUAGAAAAUUAUCGUGCAGGCAAUGCAUGUGAGCUAUCGCGUUGAGAAACGGUGGUGUUUCGUACGGGCAGGAAUAAUUAUAGUAACUUUGAUUGAAAUAUAGAUGCAUUAUCUUUUGAUGU